CAAAGGGUAGUGUGGUCUAUGAUCCAGACUUUGAUGUUUUAAUGAGAUCGGGCACUUGUGCAAGCUGUGCAAAGCCAUCAGUGCCAAUGCCAAGCUGGUGAAGCCUGGUGGAGCUCAGUGUUUGCCGUCAGGAAACAGCCUCACAUCCAUUCUGCCCUUACUUCACCCGGAGUGUCACUCUCUCCCCGAGCCCAACCUCUUGCCUGGCCAGCUGUCCCAUGGUGCAGUGGGCAUGCAGGGCGGGAGAGUGCACUGGAUCUCUAUGGCAUUUGAAUCAACCACCUACAAGGGAAAGUCUUCGUUUCAGACUCACUCUGAUUUCCUACAAUGGGAGAGUUUCCUGCAGAAGCAGCUCGCCUCACUUCCAGCGUCGUCAGCCUUGAGACGAGGCUUCCAGACCUGCCAACACUGGAAACAGAUCUUCAUGGAAAUUAUAGGUGUAGAGAGCGCCCUCUACAGUCUCCUGCUGUCACUUGCCAUCUGCAUCGCAGCAGUAGCUGUGUUUACUGCACACCCACUUCUGCUGCUGCCAAUCCUGCUGAGCAUUCUGGGUAUGGUGUGUCUGGUGGUGGCAGUGAUGUAUUGGCUCGGGUGGGAAAUGGGUGCUGUUGAAGCCAUCUCUCUCUCCAUAUUGGUGGGCUCUUCGGUGGACUAUUGUCUGCAUCUAGCGGAAGGCUAUCUACUGGCGGGGGACCCUGAAACUUCAGUACUGGCCAAUCACAGUUCGGAGUCCUCCAUCAAACGGCAGCUACGGACCCUUGAAGCAGCCAAUCACGUGGGUGUUGCCAUAGUCUCUAGUGCCGUCACUACAGUGAUCUCAACCAUUCCACUCUUUUUUUGCGUCAUCGUGCCUUUCGCCAAGUUUGGUCAGAUUGUGGCCAUCAACACGGCAAUUUCCAUCGCGUUCACUCUCACGGUCACUACCGCGCUCCUGGCGACAAUGGGACCCGCCGACUUCACCCGGACACCCAGAGCCGUGCUCAAAGCCGCUCUGGUGGUCCUGAUCAUGGGUGUCUGUGGAGGUCUGCUUUGGUGGACCGGAUCACAGUUUGCUCCUGACACACUGAUCUAAAUCACACGGCGAACCCGUUUCAGGCCGAGGAACCUCAUUCCAGGUGGAUUUCAAGUGUGCAUCUGUGAUUUGUUUGUGACAGUGAGGCAACAUACGUGAACAUGAACUCAUUGGCAAGCAAGUUUGGGAAAAUGAAGUAUUUAACAUAUGUGGCACACUGUUAGAAGUUAGGAAACCCUGUACGUGAAUAGUGAACAGUCUGCAUGAAGGUAGUGAGCCCUGACUGACUUGGGAGAUACGUCGGACACAUUUAGGUGAAUGACACUGUCUUGCCAUGAAUAGAUCUGUCAGGGACUUGCAUUAAUGUGUGACCAAAAGUGUUGAUUAUUCCUCGAUAUUUUGUUUUAUUCACAACAUGGAAUGAAGGGAUUUAGAGGAUGUGAUGACAUUGGUUCAAGUGUGAAGAAUGCCUGAAGUCUCAGAGGAGAAGAACAUGAAUUCUGUGAAUUCAUCUCACGUGCGGGAGCAGGACAACAGUGAAGGAGAAAGUCUAAGAUCAAGCUACUUUUCACCACCCUUGAGGGAUGUUGCAACAGGGUUGGUGUUUAACUUGAGAGUUACUUAUUUGAACCCCAAAUGUUGAAGUCCUACUGUACAUUUUGGUUGAAGUCAACAAGAAAUGACAUUCACAAGUCGUUUUACUUUUGCAAUGCAACGUACAUCUUUUUGAAGAGUUUGCAGAGACUCGUUCCUGGGUCUACAUAUUUUGUUGGUCCUGGAACAACAUUUCUGGUCGAAAAUUUUGUCCUAACUAUAUCUCUACCCAUAAACCUAACCCUACACAUAACAAAUGAUAACACUGACUACGUUUACAUGCAGCCAAUUUUCGGGUUAUGGUUGGGUUAAGAUCAAUAUUCGGGUUUCUGAAACA